AUGGAGGGGGGAAAGGAGGAAGAAAAGGUAGUUGAGAAGGGGAGGAAGAAGAAGGAGAUUGGAGUCGAGAGGGAAAAAGUGGCAGAGAUUGUUGGCGAAGAGGGGGAUGUCCCCGAGUGGCCGACAGUCACGAUCGGGGAUUGGGUUGUCGAGACACUUCCAGUGGACGAAACCACACGAAGCAGGAGGGGGGGGUUCGAUCUCCGGCAGUGCGCGCGAUUCACACAGCGCGGAGCUAUCCCGAUGCUCCGGAGGAAGGAUAAGGAAAGCACGCCUGCAGAGGCCCAGAAAAGCCCGUCUGCUGGAAAUAAUCCCGAAUCCAAUCCCCGUGGAGCCCAACUUGACCCCAACAACCCGCUGCAGGGGAACGUCCACAUUGCCACGCCCCAGUGCCUUCUCCUCACCGAGGACUUCCCCGUUCUCUCCUCCGAUCUUCUCCUGCCAAUUCCAGUCGCGACUCGCCAUGCCCCGUCCAUGAUCGCCUCUCCACUCUGUACGCCUCCAACCCUAGGAUUGAAGAGCCAGAACAAGUACUUGAAGCCCCCCAGACAACAGGCGUUCCCUUCCGGCCACCCCCCACCCCCCCCCCGUACCGAGGACGUCCCCUCGAACUCGUCGAAUUCGGUCUUGGUCGAUGCCUGCUCCGUACUUCUUAUGCUUCAGCUCGAUCUCAGUCCACACAUCUCUCGGCGCGCCAGAUUGCCCUGUACGAACUCCCUCUACACACGAGAGGUGGCAAUCCUAGUCCCUGGGCUAGCCACCCCCGAUGCGAAUGCGAGGCGAGCAGGAUGCAUUGCCAGUCUCAUGCUCAUUCAUUCCCGAGAAAUCCCCACGGCGCAUCGGAGACCACGCCGCCGGUGCAUGCGGCGCUCGAUCAUUCGUGAAUUGGGGCGGGGCGUGUUGCAGGACGUGCGCCUGGGCGACUCCGGCUUUAACCCAUCCGGCACCUUCAACCUGGGUGGGAUCGAUUGGGCGUCCCACCAGCCCCACAACCACAACCGCCCUCCGCCCCAUUACCAACUCGAAACCCAACGACGCCUCCACCUUGCACCACCGGCCCUUCUGAUGACCGUUAAGAACAUGGAUCCGCUCGUGCUGCGAUCAGUGCGGGGCAACAACCGCAGUUGA